AUGGGGGAAUCAAGACAGCAAAUAAAACAAGUCGAUGUGGAACCAGAAGACUCAAUUUUUUCUUCCGAACAACGAUAUAAAGAUGAAAUACCAUGGUGGCGAAGGAAUUUUUUAUUUACGAAGCCAGUGCUCUUUGGUACUUGGGAUGGUGUUUUCACUACUGUAAUGGUUAAUAUAUUUGGCGUUAUAGUCUUUCUGCGCAUGGGAUGGAUCGUUGGAACGGCUGGAAUUGCUGGCGCAAUAUUGUUACUGAUAAUCUGCACGAUACUUUCUCUUAUUGUCGUGUUUUCUGCGAUAGGAAUUUGUGAGCGGUGUCAAAUUCAAAGUGGAGGUAUUUAUUUUCUUGUCUCGCAUGUUCUUGGCGGACAAAUCGGUGGUGCAAUUGGACUGAUCUAUGCUUUUGGUCAGUCUGUGGCCACAGGACUUGUUGCAAUUGGUUUUGGUGAAAGUGUCGCUAGACUUCUUGGUACAGAUAACGAAAAGGUGGACAAAUUUUUUGCUACUGCAGUGCUUGUUUUGCUUGCAGCUAUAAAUACUGCUGGUGUGCGUUGGGUUGUUCGUCUUCAACUCAUAUUACUUGCAUUUCUUAUACUUGCAGCACUCGACUUUUUCUUGGGCGCUAUUUUUACCACUGAUGAAAGAAAUGGUGUGGGACACUUUUCUAUUAUACAGUUUGAUCUUAACACUGAUCCUAUGUAUGAUGGGACGAAUUGCUCUCGAUUGGGUUUUGAAGUUCCUCAUCAGCAACAAAGCUUUUUUACCGUCUUUGGAGUUUUUUUUGCCAACUUUCUCGGCGUUCUUGCUGGGGUUAAUAUGAGUGGUGAUUUGAAAGAUCCUCAACGGAGCAUACCCACUGGUGAGCUUGCAGCAGUUUUCAUAAGUUCGGCAGUCUGCUUUUUAUUCAUAAUUGUUCUCGGGUCGAUGGUGGAUCGUGAUUAUCUUCUUUGUGAUUCGAUGAUAUCCGAGAAAGUCUCAUUAACAGGCUUCCUUUUUCUAACCGGCUUGUAUGUUUCUUCACUCAGUUCAACUAUCGGUUCCAUGCUUGGAACACCACGUGUAAUUCAAAGUAUCGCUUCAGAAGGAAUCAUACCAAUUUUAAAUCCACUUUCUGUUGGGCAAGGCCCAAAUAAGAACCCAGUACGAGCAGGCAUUGUUAUGAUGUGUAUUGCUAUAGUUUUUGUACUUAUCGGUGACCUAAAUAAGCUCGCAAUUUUAUCAACAAUGCCAUUUAUGAUAACAUAUGCAUUUGUCAACUAUUCUUAUGCAUCGUUAGCGAUGAGUUACGAUCUACAAUCUGUUAAUAGCAUCGACAAUAAGCUAAAAGACAACAAGCAAAGUUAUGGCAGUAUGGGUGAAAUAAAAGAAGUGGUCGAAACUGGUGCCGCAGACUUGGGCGGGCUUUUCCCAGGGAGAGCGCAGGAAUUCGGAGAUUAUUCGCAUUCGUCUAUCAUUGACCAACCGACAUCGUGGUACUCGAUGCUUAGCAAUCGUUACAUAUCGUUCGCAGGCGCUCUCAUAAAUCUUUUAAUACUGCUCUUCAUCAAUGUUUGGUAUGCUUUAUUCCAUUUUGUAGCCGUGGCAGCAUUAUACAUAUACAUUGGAAAAGUUUGUCCUUCUGUUUUUCCUGGAAUUAGUCAGUUCUCAUUGCCACAUAUGUUCAAGACUGCCUUUUCAAGCGUCGAAUCCCUUGCCCCACCAUCAUUAUCAAAUAUUGUGGUCACUUUUGGUGAUAAAAGAAAUCCACUGACAGAAACCUCCACAGCAAUGCUGAAUGAAGAAAAUCCAGAUUUUAGUGAUCGAAAGCGAUAUCACCACUCAGAACGAACUCAGCAUGAUAUAGAUUAA